UUCACUUUGGCUUGUAAACAAAGGAGCUCAAACACAAGGGACUCAAAGCUCAAAAGACAGUCACAUUACAUACACACAAAACACAAAAGUCUCAAAACACACUGAAACUCACACACGCAACAAUGGAGUGUACUUGGCCUGAGAGCAUACCUUCUAGCAAGAAAACGGCGUCGGCAAUAGAAGAGCUUGUUCAAGGCCGUGAUAUUGCAAAUCAGCUCCGUUCUUUGCUUAAUAAGUCAGCUGGAGACAACAACAAGGCAGCUCCAGCUGACGAUCUUGUUCUGAAAAUCUUGAAGUCCUUUACUAAUAGCCUCUCGAUAUUGAACAACGCUGAUUCUGAUGAGGUGUCUCAAAUUCAGGCCAAUACCCAUGUCACCAAUUGGAAUGGUGGCCCCAAGUCAUCAGAAUCUUCAGAAGAAACUUCCAGGAGUACAGCACACAAGGAUCGGAGAGGCUGUUAUAAGAGAAGGAAGACAGCUCAGUCGUGGACAAAAGAAACCCCUAGUCUGACAGAUGACGGCUAUGCGUGGAGAAAAUAUGGACAAAAAGUAAUCCUUAAUGCCAAAUUCCCAAGGCAUUACUAUAGGUGCACUCAUAAACAUGAUCAAGGGUGCCUAGCAACCAAACAUGUGCAAAGAAUCCAUGAUGAUCCACCGAAGUAUAGGAGCACAUAUAUAGGCCAUCACACAUGCAGAAACAGAAACUUCCUAAAAGUCCCUGAAUUGUUCUUGGAUUCUUCCCCACCUAGUGACUCUUCCGUGCUACUAAGUUUUGACAAGUCCACUAUCACCAACAAACAAGACAGCCCCUUUUUCACAUCCUUCCAAUCCUCCAUAAAGCAGGAAUACAUGGAAGAGAUUCUUAGUGAUCAUAAUGAUAUUGCUCACAUCCAAUCAUCAUCGUCUGAUUAUCUCGUUUCCCCAGAUCGAACUGUGGCAUUUGAAUCACUCGCCCACAUGUCUGUCUUAUCAUCAACAUUGGACUCUGACAAUGGGGAUGUGAUUUCUGGGGAUAUGAUGGGUUCGGUUGAAUUUGGCGAUGAUUUUUUGAUAGAUGAUUUUCCUUAGCAAGUUUGAUGGACAAUUCCAGCACGAGAACAAAGAUAGAAGUCAAUUGAGCUAGUAGAAUAACAAAAAUGUGAGCUUUGGAAGUUUAAUGUAGAAAAACAGUUGGGAGACGAAUCUUUGGAAGUUUGAUGUAGAAAAACAAAAAUGUGAGCUUAGUUUCUUGGAAUAUUUAGAGCUAGUAGCUUGUAGCUAGCAGCCUAGCUACUAGCUCUAACAUGUGUGUAUUUAAAUUAACCUAUGUUUUGGUAGCUUAUUUGUUCAAAGAUGCGUCCAAAUGUAACUUUAAACAAAUAAAUUAGAGUUAGUUUUAUUUGUUUAAACUUUAUAAUA